CUGACUUCUACACCAAAGGAAACACUUAACACAUGUAAGCUGUCUGUUUCCAUCAGUAAUUCCUAUUUUAUUCAUCUCCUCCACGAGAUUGUAGACAUAAUGCCCCAAAAAUGAUUCCAAACAUCACAAACCAGUUGACAGGAAUCACAAACAACACAUGCAUGUUGCCCUUUGACCACUUUUUAUACUGGUGUGAGUGUUAUAAAGAUGAGCAGGGGAGGUGGCUGUUUACAAGUAGCAACAUGGAGCCUGAGAGAUUGCUACAAGCAAGUCUAACUUUAUUAAUCCUUAUAAGCAGCAGCUGUGGAGGACACAUCAAAUCAGGACACGCUGUGAAAAUGGAUCAGGCUUUGUUAUCGUUUCAUAACCAGCUGCCCCAUGAAGUGGAGGUCUUCUACACCUCAGACUAUUGCUACAAGUGUGUGUACCAGCAUUUGGUCAGUGUGAAAGGCAGCAACAACAAUGCAUCUGCAGUGAUCAGUACCAAAUUCACUUUGACCGUGCAAGUGGAAUCACAAAUGCACAAUGCAACUCUUUGCAGGUGGAGUCAGACAUAUGAGGAAGGUGGUCAUUACUCAGUUUGGAUCCAGAUGUCAGACGCUGCCAGUAAUCCCAGCUGCAUUCACACUGUGGAUAAAAGACCAAACAACGCAUACCUGCCUCUCCUGGUGGCAGCUCUCUUGCUGGCCAUAAUUGCGCUCUUAUUUGUUGUGGCUCCCUACAUCUACAGGAGGUGCAGCACAUCAAAAUUUAUUAAGACCAUUUGCUGCCAAGGCCCUCAGUACUCAGUGGAUAACGACGGAGCACAUGCUUGUGAAGCUGAGCACAAUGCCACUAAACCGAAACCAACACGUCUGCGCUCACUGGACACUUUCCGAGGGUUUGCCCUCACAGUGAUGGUUUUUGUGAACUACGGCGGAGGAGGUUACUGGUUCUUCCAACAUGCACCGUGGAAUGGUCUAACUGUGGCAGAUCUUGUGAUGCCAUGGUUUGUGUUUAUCAUUGGGACCUCAGUGGUGUUGGCUUUCAGAUCCAUGCAGAGGAGAGGAGUCAGCCGCCUGCAGCUGUUGCGCAAAAUCACCUGGAGAACAGUCGUCCUCCUGAUGCUCGGCUUCUGCUUCCUCAACUAUUCUCCAAGAGACGGACCAUUGUCCUGGUCCUGGCUGAGGAUCCCUGGAGUGCUGCAGCGUCUGGCCUUCACCUACUUUGUUCUGUCUCUCCUGCAGACUUUCUGGGGCCAGAAAGAAAUCCCACUGAGAGCGUAUCACUGGUGGAACCCCUUCCAGGAUGUGGUCUUGUAUUGGCCACAGUGGCUGAUUAUCAUUUUCCUGGAGACUCUGUGGCUGUUCAUCACCUUCCUCCUGCCUGUACCCAACUGCCCCACAGGGUAUUUGGGAGCUGGUGGAAUUGGUGAUAAUGGUCUUUACCCAAACUGCACUGGGGGUGCGGCAGGAUACGUCGAUAGAUGGAUGUUUGGUGAUAACAUGUACAGGUACCCCACAUGCAAAGAAAUGUAUCACACCACACAACCCUUUGACCCAGAGGGGGUUCUGGGUACAAUCAACUCCAUUGUCAUGGGAUUUCUGGGGAUGCAGGCGGGGAAAAUUAUCAUCUUCUACAAGGGGAUAAACGUCCACAUCCUCUGCCGAUUCCUAGUGUGGGCUGUCAUCCUGGGAAUCUCUGCAGCCAUCCUUUCUAAGUGCACACGAGACGGAGGAUUUAUACCUGUCAAUAAAAACCUAUGGGAUGAACUCCAUUUUUGUGUAUGUUGGCCACUCUCUCCUGGGUUUCUACUUCCCGUUCAGCUGGGAGAUGCGCUUCCAGGAGAGUCAUUGGGAGUGGCUCUUCCAAAGCCUGUGGGGAACUGCACUGUGGGUGCUCAUCGCCUACCUGCUGUACAGGAAGAAAUUCUUCCUCAAAAUAUAAAACAGGAUGAUUAUCUGUCCCUCUCUCUCUCUGUAGAGACAAUUGCCAUACCUCACAGUUCUUGGCCUGAUCAGUUUAGUUUACUUCUCAUUGAUGUACAGCCUGCCCACAUGCAUCUGCAUGAAUUGCACUAUUACACUAAUAUCCCACUCAUCUGAUAAAACAAGCAGCUCAGACUGAAAAGAGGAUUAAAGUUUUUGUCAAACACAAGCAGAUCAAGAUCUACUACAAGAAAAAGGUUAGAAAAUGUUCAUGUGUGGAGCCACCCAAUUUUGAAAAAAGAUGUCUGAUCCAUCGGUGUUGUUGGGCAGCUGAGGAUUUAUUUAAUGCCACUUGUUUUGUACACUGAAUAGACUGAUUAAAUCAAAUAUACUGAGGUGGUACUUAACAAAUUAGGCCGAGUGAUUCCACUACACACCAGGCCAGCCAUUAUGAGUCUGUUGCCAUGGCCACUCCUCCUCUUUCUAUGUGUGUGUGUGUGUGUGUGUGCGGGUACCAUCUGCUGUCCGAGUGACAGUACUUAAUAGGGGUCAAGAUGCACAGCUCACAAAGGAGUGUCAUUAAUGGGACCAACACCUCUAGCACUCAUUCUAUUAGAAAAUCAGGGAAAUUACAUGAAUCCAAUUCAUCAGAGGACAACGACAAGCCCCCUGAAAAAGCCUGAGCCCUUGUUACAUGUUUAAAAUUUUCAUUUUUUAUACACAAGCUAUUAACAUACUGAAGCAGGGUUCAUUUUCAGACUCAGAUUAUAAUAUUUCUACAUGAUUGACAAUGUGGUUGGGUGAUUUAUACAUGUUUUUUGUAGAAUGAAUGAGAGUGUUGAGCAGGUACAGAUCAGUGUGGCCUUUGCAUCAGGUCAGGUGAGUGUACAUCAUGAAAUGACCAUCUAGUUAAUGAAAUGAAACAGCAUCAUGCUCUUCUUCCAGAGGAAAUCAUAUUACACACUCCUCAGAAGCCAUAACAACAUUGUGUAAUAUGGUGUAGUGGUUUUGGUAAUUGUCUUAUAAACAGAGGUUGUUGUUUGAAUCCCAGUAGGUGCAUCCUGCCCUCUUGAACAAGAUGCAAGUCCAUAAUUGCUUUCCCAAACUAGUGCCAGCAAUGGAAAUGCAUUGCUGCUUCUUCAUGAGAUGAAAAUGAAAUCAAUACAGACUCACCACAGAGGGCUAAAGAUAUGUUUUGUGUCUUCUGCAUUUAUUUAAAUUCAAGCAUUUAGCUGAAUCAUUCAGAGAGAUUUAUAGUGUCUGCAGCAUGACGAGGUCAGAACUGAAUAAACAUCACUAAUAAUAAAGACUGUAAGGAUCAAAAUAAAAAUAUCCAGACUGUGGAGGUGACAAAUACUGUGCAUAUAUUUCAGUUUGAAUUUCUGAUAAACUCAUCCUGCACUA